GACAUGAGGAGAAGGGCUGAGACGCGGAGGAGCUCUCCUGCGUGAAGCAUGUUCGGGGGGAGGGAGGGGGCUGCAGGUUGACCUUCCCAUUCCCUAACUCCCCCUCUGCCCAUCGCUAGCCCAUGGGUGCCCCCCUCCGCCCCCUGCCCGCCCCUAGUCCAUGGGUGCCCCCCCCCGCCCUCUCCUCCUCCCGCAACUCCAGCGCCGAGGAAGCCGAGCCGGAGGCAGUGCUGAGCCGGAUAUGCAGCGACUCCCCGCAUCCCUCCUUGGCAGAGCGCGGUGACGCCGCGGCAGCCACCACGGAGAGGACACAGGACCCCCCGCUGGGCCCGCCAUGCCCCUUUGAGGGGGUGGCUUGGACCCCGAGACCACCCCAGGGUCCCCCCCAGGGCUGCUUCGCCUGCAUCGCCAAGCCCCCAGCUCUCCGGCAAGCUUCGCCCGUCCUGUCUCCUUCUUCUGCUGUUUAUCUCAUGGAGAGCAAGAGCUGCAAAGGGGACAGCCUGCGACCGGCGGUCCCAUGCAAGCACUCGGUGGAGAAGAAGACGAUGACCAACCCUACCACCGUCAUCGAAAUCUACCCCGACACCACCGAGGUGAACGACUACUAUCUCUGGUCCAUCUUCAACUUUGUAUACCUCAACUUCUGCUGCCUUGGCUUCAUCGCCUUGGCCUAUUCAUUGAAAGUCCGGGAUAAGAAACUCCUCAAUGACUUAAAUGGAGCAGUUGAAGAUGCCAAGACAGCCCGGCUUUUUAACAUCACCAGCUCAGCCCUUGCCACCUUCUGUAUCAUCCUUAUCUUCAUCUUCCUGCGAUACCCUCUCACUGACUACUAGAGUGAGGCCAACAGCAGCGGCCGUCGCCAAAAUGCCUCUAUGCCAGAAGUGUCUGCAGUUGUUUCUUGUAGCAAGGACAUGCAAAAAAACCUACUACACCUUGAUUGCAAAAAAGAAAGAAAAAAAAGUACAUAAAUAAAAGUUAUAUUAGUUUAUUAACCCAGCUGAGCAUACCCUUCCUGCCCUAAAAUGGUACGUGAACUGCUAUAGGAAAGGGUUUCACUCUUGCACAUGUACAGGGACAAAAAUAGACCAAGAAAUAUUUAUUUUAUGGCCAACAAGCUGUAUGAAAAGAGUGUGUGGAAAGCCCAGAGCAACACACGCCUAGUGGCAGACAGCUGAGCUCUGUGACCAGGGGGAUCCUAUGAAGCUGGAAACACAUGCAGUGAUGGAUGGGGACCAAGGCAGGGCUGUCUCAUAACAUAUCAGGUGUGUUCAGACCUCCCCACCAUCCCCCAGCUUAAGGGGAUUUCUUUUCCUUUUAUUCUCUUGAAUUUCAUCCACUGGUUCAAACAACUCCCAACCCCUGGAGAGCUGAGGGUGUCAGGAAAUUCAUGCUGGGGAGCCCCAAAGCCUCUAGAGAAGCCCCAAAGUGUUAAAGGGCAGGUUUCUCCUUGGGAUCUCCCAGCAGUGCUGAGAAGGAGGGCACCUCCUGGAGAACUCACCUAAGCCACCUAAGUGGAGUGCUACUGUAUUUCUGUGAACAGUCAAUAAAGAGAUACCUCUGAUAUGUGA